AGAAAAAAAAAACUUCCCUGGGAUUUUGAAUUAUACAGCAGCAGCUUCCUGUAUUUUACACCUGCAGAGAGGGAGGGAGGCUCAUCUGAGUUCAGAAGACUGAGUCUGACUGGAGGAGCAACAAGAAGUUCCCUGCAUCUCCGAUUUCUUUCUCUCCAAUUUCAGUUCUUACUGUCUCUCUGCCAACUAAGAAUGCUACUGCACAUCUUCCAUUUGUGGACUUCAUUUGGAAUUUUUCUACAAGGCAGGUCUGUGCUCUGCAAGGAGAUGAAGUUCCCCAGCAGGGCACCGAAGCCCCCCUCUCCGUCUGACUUUCUGGACAAACUGAUGGGACGGACGUCUGGCUAUGACGCUCGCAUCAGACCAAAUUUCAAAGGUCCUCCUGUCAAUGUCACCUGUAACAUCUUCAUCAACAGCUUCGGAUCCAUCACUGAAACUACUAUGGACUACCGGCUCAACGUAUUUCUACGGCAGCAGUGGAAUGACCCCCGACUGGCAUAUAAGGAGUACCCAGAUGAUUCCCUGGACUUGGACCCCUCGAUGUUGGACUCCAUUUGGAAGCCUGACCUGUUCUUUGCAAAUGAAAAAGGAGCAAACUUCCAUGAGGUCACAACAGACAACAAACUGCUUCGGAUUUUCCAGAAUGGAAAUGUCCUCUACAGCAUCAGGCUCACGCUCACUCUUUCCUGUCCCAUGGAUCUGAAAAACUUCCCCAUGGACAGCCAGACGUGCACGAUGCAGCUUGAAAGCUUCGGCUACACUAUGAAUGACCUCAUUUUUGAGUGGCUGGAUGUGGGAGCAGUGCAGGUUGCUGAUGAUCUGAUGCUCCCUCAGUUUGUGCUAAAAGAGGAGAAAGGCCUCGGCUACUGCACCAAGCACUACAACACAGGUAAAUUCACCUGCAUCGAAGUCAAGUUCUACCUGGAGCGCCAAAUGGGCUACUACCUGAUCCAGAUGUACAUACCGAGCCUGCUCACCGUCAUCCUGUCCUGGGUGUCGUUCUGGAUCAAUAUGGACGCGGCACCGGCCAGAGUGGGACUGGGAAUCACCACGGUGCUCACCAUGACGACGCAGAGCUCUGGCUCCAGGGCGUCCCUGCCAAAGGUGUCCUACGUCAAAGCCAUAGACAUCUGGAUGGCAGUGUGUCUUCUCUUCGUAUUCGCUGCACUCCUGGAGUAUGCAGCUGUUAAUUUCGUUUCACGUCAGCACAAGGAGUUCUUCAGACUGAGGAAGAAGCUCAAAGAGCAACAGCGGCAGAGAGCUCAGGCAAGCACCGGUGACAGUAAGGCAAAAGGAAACAACAUGUCAGGAAACAAUGCUCCUCAUGGGAACGCAGCCCAGCAGUGCAGCGCCUGUGCCAGGGAGGAGGAGCUGGCACAGCAGGGCUUUCUCUUCCAGAGUUAUGGACUGGCACUGUCAACAGGUAGUGCACCAGAAAUGGAUGCAACACCGGUGUUUGCUGAUUUGCCUCCUGGUUUGGGUUUCUACGACAUACGCAGGCGCUUCGUGGAUCGGGCGAAAAGGAUCGACACCAUCUCCCGAGCUGUUUUCCCAAUGAGUUUCCUCAUGUUCAAUGUCCUCUACUGGCUCACCUACAAAGUUCUACGACAUGAAGACGUCCAAGCCACACUGUGACAAUGUACAGACUGGGGACUACGACCACGGUGGAUUCUUUAAAUUCUGCUCUCUUCACUGAAACAUUUACAGGCUGAGAGUUCUCAGCUGAGCCAUGCAAGAUGCGUUAUGACUGCAUGUCCAGUGCCACUGGGAAAUUCCAUGACAUGGGAGAGUCCAUCGGUUUCUUUAAAUUUUUAAUACUUUCAAAGAAAUGCACUUUUUAUUAGUUCUGAUGCUUUACUCCAUCAGUUUACUGUGUGUGUGUGUACAGUUUGCAUCUCAAUGAUGUCAAUUCACACUUUUAUGGAAACAUUGCUCUAUGUGCAAUUACUGUACUUUCACUUGUAUUUGGACUGCAGUGCAUCUUUACCAGGUCCACACUUUCUACUGUGCACUAAUUUUACAGGUGUUAUAGUUGACGGAGUCCAAAAUUACAUGUCACAGAUUAUCACAGGGGUAAAACGUAUAUCACUACAGUUAUCUCUGUAGUGUUUCUCACCUUAACUAUGUUUUAUAGUCCUAGGGAAGAGAUUGAUAUAUUAUUUUAGGUCCAUUUUAGGCUGCAGAACUCAAGGAUUGAAUGCUAUUUUUUCAUGACAAACAUAUUUUUAUCUUUCAUAGCAGUUAUUAGUUUAAGAACCUUCCAAUAGAAGACCUAUCUGUAAUAGAGACUGAAAUUAUAUGUUUUUGAAAUGUGUUUGUUCAUAAAAUAUCCCUAAAAUUAACUUAAAAGAAAAAUAUUUACUGCCAUCACUGUACAUUGAUAUAAUGCCAUGGAAGGCACAUAAUCAAUUUUUAAAAUUGCUAUUAUUGUUAUUAUUAUUAGCCGAAUCAUCAAUAUUCAAUCAGUCAACAACAAUAAGAGUAACAACAUGCUGAUGUAAUUAAUAUAGCAUUUUUAGACACUAAUGAGCUCUGGAGAGUGGUGAAUUAUGACAAUUAGCUUUCAUUGACAGUACAUCAACUACUUACAUCAACCGUACCAGUCACUUUGAAAUGUCCUUAUUUUUGAAAGAAAAGCAUUUUUUUUUAAAACAAUGAAGAUAACAUUAAAUUAAUCAGAAAUCCAGUUCGUUGUUAAUGUGGUAAAUGACUAUUCUAGCUGGAAACAGCUGAUUUUUAAUAGAAUAUCUCCACAGGGGUACAGAGGAACAUUUCCAGCAACCAUCACUCCUGUGUUCUAAUGCUACAUUGUGUUAGCUAAUGGUGUUGAAAGGCUAAUUGAUGAUUAGAAAACGCUUGUGCAAAUAUGUUAGCACAUGAAUAAAAGUGUGAGUUUUCAUGGGAAACAUGAACUUGCCCCCAAAACCUUUGAAUGGUAGUGUACAUCAAAAAAUGUUUUAUUCACUUUGUUGGAAACUGGCUUACUUGAUUGCAGGAAUGGCUUAUGAGAUGGUUAUUAAAGAUACUGCUUAGUGUGUACAAGCUUGCAGAAUGGGUGUGGUAUUGGUGUUUAAAUAGCCCAGCUAAGUUUGAUAGCAAGAGUAAAUUGUCCCUGUGCUUUGUUUCUUAAGAAAAAAAAUAUCCCUGGACCAUUUUGUUGGUACAUCUGAAUAAAGAGAUGCUUUAAUUUUGAACACUGAA